CAAAUAAUGCAAUUGACACAUCUGCAACUGAUGAUAAAAUUAAUGCAUCGCAAAAAAUAAAUAUCAUGCCAACAUUGGAGCUACCACAAACCCCUUUAACGCCUAUUUCUUCACAAUUUACUGCAUCCACAACUACUCUUUCUUCUUUCCCACCCAUAGAAACAAAACCAUUUAUUGAUAAAACCGUGAAAAAAUACAUAAUUACUAUACCAGACUUUCACCCUGAAACUUAUAAAUAUUUUCUUCGUUAUCUCUACACAAAUGAUAUUAAAUUUUAUUCAUCUCCGGCUUAUCAUCGUACACCUUGGGAUUUUUUUAAGAUAGCCGAUAAAUAUCUUGUAAAUGAGUUAAGAGAUUUGGCAAAAGCAAGGAUAUUAAGAGAGUUGACUCCAAAUAGUGCUGUAGAAAUGUUUUUCGGAAUUGAUUUGCUAUGGGAAGAUAUGAAAGAACUUUUACUCAACUAUUUGGUUCGAAAAUGGGAAUCAGUCCAAGUAUGUGAGAAUUGGAUAAAAAUUUUUAAAGAAUUUGGUGAAAAUGAUGAUAAUGGAAACGGUGAUGAGAAUAAUGAAAAUGUUAAUGAGGAAGAAGAUAGAAAAGAAACCAAGAGAAUAUUAUUUAAUGAAAUUAUGGAACAA